AUGGCGGCUCCUUCAUCAAGCCCUGUAUUACCAUCUAUUGUGAUUUGUGGCUCGCAGACCAUUCCUCCCCGUUCUCAAUUCCUCGAAGAGCUUGGCCACCAGCUGCGUGGCGAUCCCGAGAUCCUAGGCUUGAAACUUGCAAUCAUCGGCCUUCCCGAUCUGUGCACUCGGCUGAUUCAAGAACUUCCUGUUCUGCAAGUCAAUGAAGCUAGAUACGAGAGCCAUUUGAGAUCUCUUGCACGAUGGAUUACCGAAGAUGAUUAUGAGUUGGUCAUUCCAGAGAACCUUCCAAAUGUGAUUCUGGCCCCUCUUACUGUUAUCAUUCAUAUUGUUCAAUAUUUCCGCCACCUCGAUGUUGUUUGCACAGAUGACUAUGGGGAUUCACACACCUUGAUUGUACAGUCGGUGCAACGUGGCGGGUUCCAGGGGCUUUGCUCCGGGUUUUUGACUGCUGCAGCCUUGACAUCUUCCGCCAAUAAAGCCGAACUCAUUGCAAAUGCAUCAACCGCUAUCCGUUUGGCUUUCUGUAUCGCCGCAUAUAUUGACUUGGGCGAAACCACAAGCCUGAGUCCGGAUGGGACGAGAUGUCUGAUUGUAGAGCGAGGAAUGGAGUUAGGCGAGACGGAAGCAAACUGUGAAAUCGACACAAUUAUAGGCUCUUUUCCGCAGGCAUAUAUCUCUGUGGAGCUGAAUGAGAGAAGCUUGACCAUCACUGUGCCGGCUAGUGAUGUUGCGCCACUGCGGAAAGCUCUCACCGACAAAGGAGCCAGGACAACUCUUAUACCCAUUCGUGGCCGAUACCACACGGAAAACCAUUCAAGGUCACUGCAGGAAUUGAUGGUGUUUUGCGAGACUAAAACUUCCCUGCAAUUUUCGCGGCAAGAUAAACCACUGGCUCCACUGCGAUAUAACACAAGUGGAACAAUCGUAACCGGCGAGGAACCGCUACAUGAAACCUGCCUGCGAUGUCUGCUGACAGAGCGGGCAAACUGGCACGCCGUGAUGAGCCAGUCGGAAUCAAAUCUGCUCGCUUGCAAGCUAGAAAGCCCUUCUUUCCUGGAACUGGGGAUUUCUGGGAGUCUAGCAAGAGGGCUGGGCGGAGUCACAAACCUGACGAGUAUCCCCCACAGCUCAGUAAAUACAACGACCGAGGACCCUCAGAUCUUUGACUACCCCGAGCACUCUAUCGCAGUAAUAGGAGCAGCGGGUCGAUUCGCGGGUGCCGAUUCACUUGACCAGCUGUGGGAGAUCAUCAGGACCGGGAGAUCUGAAGAGGGUCCUGCGCCAGAUUCUCGGUCCACAACAACGAACAACGGUUCCCUUGCAAACUAUAUGACAAGUGUUUCAAAAUUCGACCAUGAAUUCUUUGGUAUUUCACCUCGAGAAGCGCAGUACAUGGACCCUCAGCAGAGAAUCGCACUGCAAGUUGCAUACCAGACUGUCCACUCUUCCAACAACUUCGCAAAAUCCGAACAACCGCCAGACGCGAACAUUGGAUGCUAUGUGGGCGUUGCAGGGUCAGACUAUGAGCAUAACGUCGCAUCUCACAAGCCCACCGCGUUUUCCUAUACAGGAACAUCACGCGCCUUUGUCGCAGGGCGGAUCAGUCACCAUUUUGCGUGGGAGGGGCCUGCGAUGACAGUUGACACGGCAUGUUCCUCUUCUGCGGUGGCAAUACACCAAGCAUGCAAGGACAUCAAUCUGGGCGAGUGCAAGAUGGCGCUUGCUGGCGGAGUGAAUGUCAUAUCGAGCCCUGUCAUCAACGAUUUCCUGCACGCAGCGCGAUUUCUGGACCCAACGGGGCCCUGUCGCUCAUUUCAAGAAGGCGCGAAAGGGUACUGCCGGGGUGAGGGCUGCGGAUUUGUAUUGCUGAAGAAACUUUCCGCAGCCAUGGCCGAUGGCGAUGAGAUCAUGGGAGUAAUUGCAGGGUCCGGCAGCAACCAAUGUGACCCAGCCAGCUCAAUCACGGUGCCUUCAUCCGCUGCUCAGAUGAAACUGCAGAGGAAAGUGCUGUCACAAGCCGGGAUGAGUCCUACGACAGUCUCAUAUGUUGAGGCUCACGGAACGGGCACGGCGAAAGGAGAUCCGAUAGAGUGCCAAAGUAUUCGAAAAGUCUUCGGUCGUAGUAGUGAUGACCCAAAGCUGGCUUUGGGCACUGUGAAGGCUAAUAUCGGACACACGGAAGCUGCAUCUGGGGUCGCAGCACUCUUAAAAGUGCUCCUCAUGCUGCAACAUAAAGCAAUACCGCCACAGCCCAAAUUUUCAGGGCUCAACAAGAACAUUGCACCGCUAUGUUUGGACAACAUCGAUAUUCCCGUGCAAGAAAGGGUCUGGGAUGCCAAGUUUCGCGCAGCUUGCGUGAACAACUACGGCGCCUCUGGAAGCAACGCAGUGCUCCUUCUUUGUGAAAGCCCAAAGAGGCCAGUCCAGCAUGGCCAUGGGAAUACAGUGAAGAGACAUCCAUUGCUUAUCUCCUCGCACUCUACCAGAGCCCUGCAUGAAUAUUGCAAAGGCCUAGAGACCUUCUUGGCAAACAGCCAGUUGGCUGCGUCGGAUCUUGCAUUUGGGCUUUCACGCAGACAGGACCGGGCUUUGAGUCACAAAGCUGCUUUCAAGUUCGAUUCUGUUGGGGAGCUACGCGAGCAGCUGUCGAGAUAUAUCCUGGGGCCACAUAUACCCAAGCAACGGCAGAGGCCCGUGGUUCUUGUAUUUGCCGGACAGUCGAGAGACACGGUGCGGUUCAGCAAGGCGGCGUAUGAGGGAUCAAGCCUGCUCAGAUAUCACUUGAACCAAUGUGAUGAGCUACUGCGCAGUCUAGGACGCAGAAGCAUGCUCCCUGAGAUCUUCUCGUCGGAGCCAAUCGAAGACAUUGUCCUCCUCCACUCAAUCAUCUUCUCCCUCCAGUAUUCCUGCGCUGCGGCAUGGCUGGACAGUGGCCUCCCGGUGGAGCGCGUGAUUGGUCAAAGCAUCGGACAGCUCACUGCGAUGUGUAUCGCGGGUGUUGUGACCCUAUCGGACGCGUUGAAACUGAUCGUCGGUCGGGCCUCGCUUAUCCAGAAUAAGUGGGGACCUGAGAAGGGAAGCAUGCUAGCAGUCGACAUCGACAGGCAAGGUGCAAAAGCUUUGGCUGCAGCACAUGAUGUCGAAAUUGCUUGCUUCAAUGGACCCUCGCGUCAUGUUUUGGUCGGAACCGAGGCCGCUAUUCAAGACGUCGAGGCAAGCACGGGAUGCAGAGUGCAGCGCGUCAGAACCACAAACGGGUAUCAUUCAGCCCUCAUGGACUGCCUGAUGGACGACUAUUUGCAGCUUGCUCAAAGUAUCACGUACGCAUCGCCUCGGAUACCGAUUGAGACGUGCUCAGAAGGAAGCGGCUGGUCGAAAUUCACGCCAGAGCUGGUGGCACAACACUCGCGGGGCCCAGUCUUCGUGUGGGACGCGAUUGAGCGUAUUGAAAGGGACCUGGGAGAAUGCGUAUGGAUUGAAGGGGGGUCUUUCUCAUCAGGUGUCUCGCUUGUGAAGUCCGCGCUUGACGCCGCGUCCCGCGCCGGCCACUCUUUCCACGGGGCGCAGUUGGGCAACUCCAACCCGCUCGAUCAUCUUGCUGAUAUGACGGUGAAGCUUUGGGACGAGGGAAUUAAUGUUUCGUUCUGGCUGUAUCACCAUUCGGAGAGGCAUCGCUACUCCCCUCUUGCUUUGCCUGGGUAUCAGUUUGAUGAGACAGACCAUUGGGUUUCUUACUUGGACAAAGGAACAUCGAAGUCGGCUCAUGGCCUUGUCGAGCAGCCUUUGAUCUCCCUUGCUCAACAUCCUGCUCGAAGUUCUGCAAGAUUUGAAUUCGUGAUCAACCAGUGCCACGCGCAGUACGUUGAGAUGCUGCAGAGCCGGCAAGUGCUUGGAGAGCGACUCUUCCCUGUGGCUUUCUACCUCGAGCUCGCCUCUCAAGCUGUGCUCCAGCUUUCUUUCGCAGGAAUCCCACUAGCCAACUCUUUGCAGUGGCAGAAUAUCCGUCUUCAUGCUCCAUUAGGCUGCAGGAUCCCGGAAGGUCUCCAUCUCCGGUUUGAGAAGAGCUUCUCAGAUGGUUGGGAGUUUGGGAUUUUCAGCUCCGAAGGCUCAGAAGAAACGACGCACUGUACUGCAAGCCUCAGCAGCCCGAAUGUCGCAUAUGCCAUGUCAAAGGCAGCACAAUAUUCUUGUUUUGAAGAUGUGUUGUCCAAUCCAGAGGCCGCAGCUGUGCAGGGUCACCUCGUCUACAAGCUGCUCGGUCAGGUUGCCGAAUAUAAUAUCGACUUCCGCGGUAUCAAGUCUCUUGCUAUUGCCGGACUGGAGGCUGCGGCUGUUGUCGAGGUUCCACUUGCUGCGCGAAACCGUCCCCGGCCUUUGGGCUGCCAUCCAGCUCACAUAGAUCAAUUUUUCCUUGUUGCUGAGAUUCAUGCGCUGGCUCUGGAGUCAUGUGGUCCAUCGGACGCCUACCUGUGUCGUGAGGUUGGUAUGGUGUCAGAGUAUCUACACACCGUCGUCACCCAGGGGUCAUGGAAAGUAUAUACACGCUGUACAAGAAAGUGCGACUCCGAGUUGGUUUGCGACACCUUCAUCUUCGAUAUGAAUGAGUCUCUUGUCAUGACUAUCAGCAAUGCUAUCUACGUGAAGGUGCCAUUGUCCACCCUGAGAUCUAUCUUCGAUCGCGCCAAGGGUAUCAUCACCCCUGAGCCGACCGAUGAAGAUAAAUGCGAUGAUAACUCCACUGAUGAAGGACCGGAUCUCUAUGAAGCCACUGCUGAGUUGAUAUAUGAGACGACUGGCAUACCACCUGAGCGACUUUCCAGUUUGACAUCGAUUACAGCGGCCGGGGUAGACUCGCUUGCCGUCACAGAGCUCGAGAGCAGGAUUCGUGAGGUCUUCAAUGUCGAAAUUCGAGUUGAUCUGAGCGAUUCCGAGUACACUUUUGGUCAGCUUUGUGGCGAGAUUCAGUCCUGCAGAGUAAAGUGUAACGAUAUUGCGAUUCAAUUCACUCCGACAUCGGGUACCUCAUCAUCCUCAUAUGAGCGGCAAAUACCUCACGACACAUUCACCGCUUUGAUACCGAUCCUCGGGCAGUAUCUCAGCACAGCGAGUACAUUGCAUGCCGAGAGCGAGCUGAAAAGCAUGGGUCUGGACUCAUUGGUCUCAAUUGAGCUUGAAGCCAGCCUUCAUGAGGCAUUCGGGGUCAGAAUUGACCUGAUGGGCCAGUCAGACUCGUUAACUGUGGGCGAUCUAGCGGCACUGCUACUGCCUUCGGGAGAAGAAAACUCCGCAAGUGUAGCAAGCAGAGGUGGGCUAAGUGGUCCCUUCCUGGGCAACCAAGCUGUCGAGCUAUUUGGCCAUGUUCGCCACGAAGUCGGGUCCUGUGCCCGGUUAUCCGGAUUCGAAGGCUUCUACGAGACAGUAUAUCCCAGACAGACAGAGCUCGUCCUAACUUAUGUCAUUGAGGCACUUUCCGCGCUCGGAUGCAACUUGCAAAGCCUUGAAGCCGGUCAAGAGGUGCCUGCGAUAGAACACAUGCCGCGGCACAGCAAGGUUGUCUCUCACUUCUGGAAGUUCGCCGAGGAAUCGGGCCUAGUGGUCAGGUCUGCUGCCGGCUUCCUACGAACGUCCAAAACAGUUCAUCUCUCACCAUCAUCUACCUUAUACCCUGAAAUGCUUCGCGAUUUCCCACAGUAUAAAGCUGAGACCCAGCUCCUCAGCUGCACUGGGCCGAGACUUGCAGACUGCCUAUCGGGUCAAGCCGACCCUCUACAUCUUCUCUUCGGAAGCCCCCAAGGAGUCCAGCUGAUGCAAGACGUCUACAAAAACACUCCAAUGUUCAAGAUGGGUACGCUGAUGCUGGGUCGUUUCCUCACCCAGAUUCUCCCGCACGCAGGCCAGAGCAGGGUACCCAUAACCUUGUUGGAAAUCGGUGCUGGAACAGGUGGGACGACAGAGUACAUCCUCGAGCAGCUGACCGCAUGCGGCAUUCCAUUCCAGUAUACAUUCACGGACAUCUCACCGGCGUUGGUGGCCCGUGCUCGGAAAACAUUCGCCAAAUACCCGAACAUCGAAUACACAACUCUUGACAUUGAGAACCUCCCCGACACGGCAAAUCAAACAUACGACGUUAUCAUAUCUUCCAACUGUAUACACGCGACCAAGGACCUGACACAGUCCUGUCACAACUGCUAUAAGCUUCUGAAUGCCGGUGGUAUCGUGUGUCUUCUCGAGCUUACCCGAGACCUCUGGUGGUUGGAUUGUGUCUUUGGUCUAUUGGAAGGAUGGUGGCUGUUUGACGAUAAACGGGAACAUGUUCUUGCGAGUGAGAGCUUCUGGAAGGAGACUCUUCUCGCCGCUGGAUUUGGACACGUCGACUGGUCAAAUGAUAGUAGUAGAGAGUCUGAUGCUUUCAGACUGAUUGUUGCACAGAAGGAUUAG